AUGAGUCUCAAGACACAAUAUGCCAAUCAGGAGCUCACACCUUUCUAUGUUGGUGGUGCUCUAGCCACACUUUCAGCUGAUGGUUCAAUCUUGGUCACUGCAGUUUUAGAAGAUGUUGUAAUUACAAAUUUAAUAACUAAUGAGAUUCAAGAAAGGAUAGAAGGUGAUGGAGAAUUAAUCACUUCUUUAACUUUAACACCAGAUGGGAAAUACUUGGGGAUAAUCUCACAGUCUCAACAAUUGAGAAUUUAUAAUUUACAUCAAUCUAUAUUCAUCAAGAGUUUAAAAUUAUCUUCACCAGUUUUCGUUAGUUGUUGUGAUGAGACUUCUACAUUAUUUGCCCUUGGUGGUUCUGAUGGUGUUGUUCAAGUCUUGGAUAUUGAGAAUGGAUUCAUUACACAUUCUUUUAAAGGUCAUGGGACCAUUAUAUCUGCUUUGAAGUUCCAUGGGGAAUUAAAUUCUAAAAAAUGGGUAUUGAGUUCAGGUGAUACUACAGGUGUUGUCAAGAUAUGGGAUUUAGUUAAACGUAAGAAUAUUGUUACUUUGAAUGAACAUAAUAAUGCAGUUCGUGGGUUAGAUUUCAACAGUGAUGGUGAAUAUUUCUUGAGUGGUGGUCGUGAUGAUGUUUUAUUAUUAUGGGAUACAAAAUAUUGGAAAUUAAGAAAAACAAUACCGACAAGGCAACAAGUCGAAUCUUGUGGGUUUUUAAAUGAUGAUUUAGUUUAUAGUUCAGGGGGUGAUGCAGUUUUCAAAGUUUGGGAUUUGAAAACAACUGAAUUAUUUACACAAACUAAACAACCAAUUGAAGAAUUGUUAAUUUCUGGAGUUUUGAAAACUGAUAAUGAAUUACUAUAUUUGGUUUUAUCAGAUCAAACAUUAUUUGAAAUAGACACUACAUUGAUUGAAAAAGAUGAAACAAUUCAAAUCAAUAAAAUCAUUGCAGGUAAUCAUGGUACUAUUGCAGAUAUGAGAUUUGUUGGACCAAAUUUAAAUUUAAUUGCCCUAGCUACAAAUUCUCCAGGUUUAAGAAUCAUUGAUGCAAUUAGCACACCAUUAGAAGUUGAGAUUUAUGAAGGUCAUUCAGAUUUAUUGAAUGCCAUUGAUGUUUCAAUAGAUGGUAAAUGGAUAGUUACAGGGAGUAAAGAUAAUGAAGCAAGAUUAUGGAAAUUUAAUGAAGAUUUAGAAAAAUUUGAAAACUAUGCCGUUUUCAAAGGUCAUGUUGGUUCAGUUAGUGUUGUUGCAUUAAGUAGAACUGAAACUAAUCCAAAAUUCUUAAUUACAGGUUCAAGUGAUUUAACUAUAAAGAAAUGGAAGAUUCCAUCAUCUAAAAAUUGGGAUGGUGAAGUUCAUAUUGUUAAGGCAUCUGAAUAUACUAGACGUGCACAUGAGAAAGAUAUCAAUGCUUUAGACAUUGCCCCAAAUGAUGAAUAUUUCGCUACUGCAAGUUAUGACAAGACUGGUAAAGUUUGGGAUUUAGAUAGUGGUGAAACUGUUGGUAUAUUAAAAGGUCAUAAGCGUGGGUUAUGGGAUAUUAAAUUUAAUGUUCAUGAUAAAGUAUUAGCUACAGGAUCCGGUGAUAAAACUUUAAAGAUAUGGUCAUUAUUAGAUUUCCAAUGUUUGAAAACAUUUGAAGGACAUACUAAUUCUGUCCAAAGAGUUGAAUUCAUGAAUGAUGGGAAACAAUUAAUUAGUAGUGGUGCUGAUGGGUUAAUUAAAAUUUGGGAAAAUUCAUCAGGUGAAUGUUUGAAAACCUUAGAUAAUCAUGCUAAUAGAAUCUGGGCAUUAAUUGUUAAAAACAAUGGUGAUGAAUUUGUUAGUGCAGAUGCAGAUGGUGUUUUCAAUUUUUGGGUUGAUAAUAGUGAAGAAUUAUAUGCACAAGAAGCUGAAGCUAAUAAAUUAAAAGUUGAACAGGAACAAUCUUUACAAAAUUUCAUCAAUGAUAAGAAAUGGGGUGAUGCAUUUUUAUUAGCAUUAGCAUUAGAUCAUCCAAUGAGAUUAUAUAAUGUUUUAAAAUCAUCAAUUGGAUCAAACCCAAACCCAAAGGAGUUCAUUUUGGGUGAAGAAUUAGAUCAAGUUAUAAAUACUUUAAAUGAUGAUCAAAUUUUGUUAUUGUUUAAAAGAAUUAGAACAUGGAAUGUUAAUGCUAAAUUUUUCCAAGUUUGUCAAAAAUUGAUUAAAGUGUUGUUGAGCAAGUUUAGUGUUGAGAAGUUGAUUGAAAUACCAGGAUUGAUAAAGAUUGUUGAAAGUAUUAUUCCAUAUAAUGAAAGACAUUAUCAAAGAAUUGAUGGAUUGGUGGAACAAAGUUUUAUAUUGGAUUAUUCAAUUGGAGAGAUGGAUAAGUUGAUAUAG